AAUUGUAUCAUUGGUUGAAAGGAAAUGUCUUUUUUUAAGGGAGAGAAAUAGCCUAUCUUGUCAGAUGUUAUGUGAUUCACAUUAGUGAGCUCAUUCAUUCCAGAAAAUCUGCAGUGAUAUUUCUAUAGUGGCAUUCUAAAGCUGACUUAUUUUAGGAAUGAUGGGAUGUUCACUCACAACUCACAUUUAUCUUUUCUAAUAAAGAAAGCAAAAACACCACCUAAAUUCCUUUACGUUUGGUAAGACAGAGGCAAAUCAUUAAUAUUGAUAAAGACAAGUUAAAGUGGUCGGCGCUGCUUGCUCGGGCAUCUCAGUUUGAAAACUUUUCUCCACGGAUUUCCUAAACUUGGCUGGUUCCUCUUGUUUGAGCCCAAUUAAUGAGGCGGCUAAAGUCAUUAAUUGGCCACUUAAUUGGCCCAUGUCGCUGGCGCGCUGCUUCCGCUGGCUUUUAGCGCACCGCCAUGCCUCACACUCCUGCUGCCAGACAUCACAAUCCCACCUUGUCAAAACGAUUUAGGGUCAGCCUCUCAGACGGGAAAGGUGCUCUCGCCGUGGACCCCCCCCCUUCCACCUCUGGAUCCCCCCUCAAUCAGUAUCUCCCUCCCACUCUAUCUCGGUGUUUUAUGUCUGCGUCACAACAAGUCGGUCGAGAGCGAGAGGCAGGGAUGAUGGCGUCUCUGGCGGCUUGAUUCCGAUGCUGCUCUGACAAUCCCGCCUUAAUAGCAUCAAUAGGUGGUGGCGGAGAGGGGGGAUAGGAGAGCAAAAGAGACGGGGACAUGACGAAACGGCAGCGCGGAGGACGGACAAACUAGAGACGGACGGACAGCCAGUCGCCCCCCCCCUCUCCCCCCCUCCUCCUCGCUGACGGCUUGACUGACACACACACACACACACACACACAGGCGCUUGGCACAGACAGGGACAUACCUACAUGCACACCAUCCACUUUUUGCAAACACGCAGGCUGCGCAUCCGAGCGGGCAGUAAUUGGGCAGCGGAGAUCCACAGCAGAUGAGGGCAUUUCAUGUCCAGCCUGCCCAGGAAUCACUGUGACCCCGAGGGAAAGGAGUUCGACUUGACAGGAUGGGGGGAGUAAGUGAAGGAGAUGAUGUGUUGGCUCGAUGGAGUGAUGGACUACUGUACCUCGGCAAUGUGAAAAGAGUAGACGGAGUCAAGCAAUGUUGUCUGGUGAGAUUUGAGGACAACUCGGAGUUCUGGGUACUGAGAAAGGACAUUCACUCAUUCGCUGCUGGAGUGGAAGAAGUUUGCUGUAUUUGUGACGCUCCGCCUCUUAAAGAACCCCUCAUAAAUUGUCUCAAAUGUCGCCACGGUUAUCAUCCAGAGUGCCACACGCCAACCAUUGAACCGGAAGCUGACAGCGAUUCGUGGAUAUGUCGGCAAUGUGUCUUUGCAGUCGCAACCAAGAGAGGCGGGGCGCUAAAACGGGGACGCUUCGCCCGGCUCAUGCAAUUUAUGAAACUCCGGCUUCCCUACCAGCUGUCGUCUUUAGACUGGGACCCACAGCAUCUGACCAAUCAGCAACAGUGCUACUGCUACUGUGCCGGACCUGGAGAGUGGAACCUGAAGAUGUUACAGUGUGGAAGCUGUGGUCAGUGGUUCCACGAGGCCUGCACACAAUGUUUAACCAAACCAUUGCUGUAUGGAGACAGGUUUUAUCAGUUCCAGUGCUCAGUAUGUACAAAGGGACCAGAGACCAUCCAAAGGCUACCCAUGACCUGGAUGGAUUUGGCUCAUUUAGUGCUCUACCAUCUCUCGCUGUGCUGCAAGAGGAAAUACUUUGAUUUUGACCAUGAAAUCCUGUCCUUCACCAAUGAGAAUUGGGAGUCGUUGCUCCUAGGAGCGCUCUCUGACACGCCAAGGCAAGACCGCUGUCACAAUCUCCUCAACGCUCUCAACUCUCACAAGGACAGGUUUGUCUCUGGAAAGGAGAUCAAGAAGAAGAAGUGUCUUUUUGGGCUUCAGGUUCGAGCUCCGCCUCCGCUGACGUCCGAUUCGUCGCCGCUCAUCACCGACCCCCCUAUCAGCAUCACGCACAGGAGAAGGUCAGACCCGUUGUCACUACCCUGCCAGAGGAGAGUGGGGGGGCCAGAAUCACGCAAAUCAAAGCGUCGCAUCAUGGAGACACAGGCUUGUCCGCCCCCAGUUGCUGCCAACCCCAUUGAGCUGCUGCCAUGUUGCCAUGGCUACAUGGGAGGGGCCAGCCUUUACAACUCCAGGAAGUCAGAGGAGGAGCUUAGUUUGAGCUCUCCUCCCAAGCGGAUGUAUGCCCUGUACCACACCACGUACAAUGGGAAUAAUGCUCUCUCCAGGAGUCUCCAUCACUUCAACAGCGUUGAGGACACCUGCAGAGUAGCGCCGCCUUGCUUCCCAUACCCCCUCAACUCCAAUGGCAACCAUCACCACCACCACUCCCACCAGCACCAACACAACCACCAACACAGCCACCAACACAGCCACCAACACCAGCCGGGGCAGAAGCAGCUGGAGCCCCUCAUCCUACGUGAUAUGCCCCCAUACCAGGCCGGUAUGGGCGGAGGGGGUGGCGUAGGUGGAGGAGGCGGAGGAGGUGGGGGUGGCGGUGGAGGAGGAGGAGGAGGAGGGGGGGCGGUAGUUGGAGGCGGGGACGGGACUGUGGCCAGGAGCUGGGGAGGAGGGGAGGCAGUGAGGAUCUUGGCGAGACGCGUCACGCCAGACGGAAAGGUGCAGUACCUUGUAGAGUGGGAGAACGUGAAUUUGUACUGACACAAAGAGAGUAAACAUGAGACGCAAUGACUGUUUUGCAGUUGCCACAGGAAUACUGUGUAUGUAAUAUGUGGCAGUGUUUAAAGUACAAAAAAAAAGAAAAAAGGACAAAAAAAAAUAUCUCUACACGUUGCAAAUCCAGGUUGCUCUUAUAGUAUCACCUCUAUUCUACAUCAUUAUAACUCACUACUAGUUACUAAAUGUCCCUCUUUGCUAGUGUUUCUCUGAUAUUUGUACUGUUAACUUUGGAAUAUGCCUUUGCAUUUAUCAUGUUUAACGGUGAUAAGGGAAGAUAUUUAAACCUCCGGAUGAUUUGUAAAUCUUUGGAAAACAAGAAGAGCAUGUCUUUAAUUGUACUGGUAUCUUGAUAUACAGCACUGUAGAUAAGCAACAGUGAAGUACAAGAAAUAAAGAAACAAAAGAUUACUGCUUUUUCAGUAGAGAAAAAAAUUAGUGCGCAAAAUGUAUUGCUAUGCAAUUUAAUCUUCCAUAAAUCAAACAGUAAACCUCUACCGCCUGCUAUUUAGACAGCAUGCUGCUAAUUUAAAAGAAUAGUUUGAUAUUUUGGGACACACACCUUUUCGCUUUCUUGCUGAGAGUUGGAUUAGACAAUUGAUACCACUCUCAUGUCUGUGUGAUAAAUAUGAAGAUACAGCCAGGAGACGGUUAGCUUAGCAUAAAGACUGGAGGCAGGGGGAAACAGCUAGCCUGGCUCUAUCCAAUGGUAAAACAUCUGCCUUUCAGCACUUCCAAAGCUCACUAAUUAACUGUGGUAGGUUUUGUUGUUAUGGGCCAGACAAGACUAUAGGAAGUCACUGUGGCCGGCCAAGAAAUAGUCCAAGCUGUUUUCCCCUGCUUCUAGUAUUUAUGCUAUGCUAUGCUAUGCUAAGCUAAGCGCCUCCUGGCCUUAUCUUCAUUUUAACCGAAAUACAUGAAAGUGGUAUGGAACUUCUCACCUAACUCUCGGCAAGAAAGUGAAUAAGUGUAUUCUCCCAAGUGUGUAACCAUUUCUUUAAAAAUAUAUAUAUCAAUUAAUUUGAUAUGAAUAACAUUGCCAUACUGUUUUAAAAAACAGGACUUUUUUUUAAAUUAAAAUAAUUUAUAUAGAUAGGUAUAGCCCAAUGUGGCUUGUAGCACAAAACAUAUUUGAUUGGGGAAGUCAAGGUUACAAACUAGCUACAUUUUGUGAAAAAGUGAACGUUUCUUGGUCGCUUUCCAGCAUUUUUAAUUAUUAUAUUUGAAUGUGUAUAGUUAGACCCUACUUUUCAUUGAACUAUAAAAUAUUUAAAUACUGUCCAAACAAUGAUUAUCUGUAGCAGUAGUAGUAAAAAAGUGUUCAAUUUUCAAACCAAAUUUAGUCUAGACAUCUAUACGUCUGAAUGAUCUGACUCAAAUCACCAAAUCAAUGCUUAGUAGGUACUUUAAAUACGGAGAAAGUUUAAGAUGUAACUUCUUUGUUUGUUUUUUUUAAAGAUAACAAAAUCACCGACAUUUGAUAUGGAUAUCCAAGGGAUGAGCACGUUCAACAGCCAGCAGCCAACACCACACUUCCAUCAGCCGUCACUUUUAUAAUUGCUCAUUCAUCAACUGAUAAUGUUAAUGUUCAUGUGGAGUUCAGUGAGUAAAUUAGCCCAGAAAAUAAACAAUGAUGAAUGUUCCGUCACCAGUGAGGCAUGAUGACAGCUGGGUGGUGGCUGCUAGCUGCUCAUGAAUGAAAAAAAAAAAAAGCAGUAACCUUUUAUUUGCCAGGAUGAGACGGAGCAGUACAGCCGGUCUUGUACAGUAUUUUUGGCCACACAGAUGGUAGUUUAAUGCCUUGCUUAAGGGCACUAUGACAUUAGUGGUUGAGCCCUGUCUUCUGCUCAGACGCCAGCUUGUCUGGCUUUAUCAACAAAUUAUCUGGAGGUUUUUAUAUAUUUUUUCUCAUUGCAGUAUAUUAAUAAGAGAUUGUAUACACGUUAUUACGGGGUUACUUAUUUGUUAUGUUAGAUUUUGUCAUACAUAAUUUACAUUUAGACUAUUGUACGUAUUAGAAAUAGGAGCCACAAGAGGGCUUUUGUUUUAUAGAUAGAAUUAUAUAUUCACAAUAUAUUGCUAUGAUCGAAUAACUUUAUUUUAUUUUUUUGAUGUGGUUGCAUAGUGCCUAUACGGGUUGUGUACCUGCCGAUUGGUCUGCCGACCUGAGUCAACCAAUCAGACGACAGAUAGAUGAACGAGGCCAUAUUGCUACUAAACAAGAGGAUGGCUCUUUAUCAGUUGACAGACACAACUACAUGGGAAAACAAAGACCAGUUAUAAUGUUGAGUCAAGUUUUUUUUAAAUCAGAACAGGACUGUGAUGUUACUGUACAUUCCAAACAAACAACAAAAAAGAAAUAUAUAUGUUAUUGAAAUGUCUGUUUGAAGUUAUCAGGAUGGAAAUUAUUUUGAUUCUUUUUUUUUUUGGUCUUUUUUUUAUGGGUGUUAAAUGUCAUAAAGAUCAGCUAAAGGUCCACUUCAGGUCCAGGUUAGGUUUCAAUGUCGUAGGGAGUUCAAUCCUUGCGUUCAAAGUAACAGUACAGGUAAAGAAGACACUGAUAGGCCCGAAUCCUAACUUAAAACCAUAGUUUCUUCCAGGGUCUAUAAUAGCAGUCUAUCAUUUAGAAGGUACAACAUGGCAUUCAUAAGUCAAGGCCUGACUUCUACUCAGAUGUGCUUAUAGAGGCAAGUGAGGUGCUGAAGUUGGAGUUUAUGUUCGUGCAAACAGGUCACAUGAAUCUAGAAUACUGUGGUGCAAAUUACAGAGUUUAUAUUUUAUACAGAGGUUUAUUUCAGCAAUCUGUUCGAUAAAACUUACACAACGUAUACAUUUGUCAGUUUUAUCUUUCAGGAAAGACUGUAUUACAGGUUUAGUUUAAAAAGCAAAAGACAAAUACACCAUUUAUACUGUUAUAAUCACACCAAUGCAAAACUCUCAGAUUUUAUUUAAAUACCAACCUCUCUGUUUGAAUUAUCUCCUGCGUACAUUUCAGGCAAGUAAAAUUACGUUGAUUGCAAUUUUCAUCCUCCUCCGUGACUAUUUGACUGUAGUUUAUUAGGAAGGGGUGUGUUGAACCUUUCUAGGCAAUGGUGAUGAAUGUAUUUGUGUGUUUUCUAUGGUAUGUCUAUACCCGUCAAGUGCUUGUUAUAGGUUGUACUCGAGGUGGAACUCGAACCCGAUUUGUUUAAAACAAAAAAAGGAGGAAAUAAAGACAUCAACAUUGAGGAACAUCAUUUCUUUUGGGAGAGGUACUCUUCUUUUUUUCUGAUUAGUAGUCAAGUCCAAGUUCAGUUUGAUGUAUUUUUGGAAAAAUUACGUUUGUACAUGUAUACUCUGCGUUGACACCUAAUAUGUAACAUGAAUAAUAAAAAAAAGAUUUCACCUCA